GUUACUUUUUUCCAUUAAAUGUUAUCACCACCUUUCCUGGAUGACUGUAAAUCAUAUAUAAAUGGUACAGAUCAGUUCAUAAAUCAUAAAUCAUUUGGCGAUUGACCAAGUACCAUUGAAGUCUAAAGAAAACAUGAGCAAAUUCAUCACUGUAUUCGUGGCCCUGUUUGCCAUUGGUAGCGCUGCGCCAGGCAUUCAACUGUUUAAUCCAUUGGUUACACCAACAAUAUUACCAAUUGCAAAAACCGUUUACAAACCGGCCAUUACAGCGGUUGCACCAACUGUUUACCGAUCAUAUAUUCCAUCCACGCAUGCUUUAUCAUACAUUCCAACAGCUGAACACGCUUUCUACCGUUCAUAUAUUCCAACUGCUGUUCCAGCAUCUGAUUUAUCCAAAUGGGAAUCGUACAAGGAAAAAUUCGGUAAAAACUACGUUGGAAUUGAAGAUCAUAUGCGUCGUGGUAUUUUCUUUGCGACAAAAGCAAAAAUCGCCAAAUAUGAUGAACUCCUCACAUACGGACUUGGUACCGAAAAAUUGGAAUUGGAUAUUUUCGCUGAUUAUUUACGCGAUGAACUUUUCUCUUUGCGCUCCAUUUUGGAAGGAUCUCAAGAUGAAUGGGAUAGUUACAAGUUGAAAUACGGCAAAGUUUAUGACAGCUUUGAAGAUCGGUUCCGUAAAACAGUGUACUUCAUUGAAAAGGACAUCAUUGAGGCACACAACAAACUCUUCGAACGUGGCUUUUCAACAUAUGCACUAGGCAUCAACCAAUUCACUGAUUUAUUCCACGACGAACUACCAGCGGGUGUAAAAGUACUCCCACUUGCUGCACCAGCCGUUCGUUACAUCUUGUAAGGACUACGAUGUUUCCACGUUUAUUUUUUUUAAUCGGUUUAAAGAAAUCUCUACUCGAUGACAUUUUGCAAGACAUUGGACUUCUUUUCUUACUUUUAAUUGAAAUUAUAAAGCUAAAUUGUGAAGCUAUAUAAUAAAACAUUUUUUUGCAUUCAAACAA